AUGGAAAAUAGCUCAAACGAUAACUCAAAUAAUUUUAAUAGUUGUAAGAGCUAUAACAGUUGUAUUAGCAUUUAUAGCAAUUACAGUUACGAUGAUAAAAAAAAUGAAUUUUGCAAAACAUACGAAAGAUCAGCGAUGCCUUCACCCCAUGAAAAGGGGAUUAUAAGCAGCUCUGAUGGAACCAGUAACAGAGGCGAUAAUAACGAAAAUGGAAAAGACAUCAUCUAUGAUGAUAACAACAAUAGCAAUAGCAAUAGCAGUAGCAAUAACAAUAACAAUAGCAAUAACGAUAACAAUAACAAUAGCAAUAGCAAUAGCAGUAGCAGUAGCAAUAGCAGUAGCAAUAGCAGUAGCAAUAGCAGUAGCAAUAGCAGUAGCAAUAACAAUAACAAUAGUAAUAGCAAUAACGAUAACGAUAACAAUAACAAUAGCAAUAGCAAUAACAAUAGCAAUGACAGAGUAAGGACCGGAAAUGUGCAAGCGGACGAAUUGACAAAUGAUUCUGAAGGGAAUAUGUUGUUAAAUAAUAGGUCUAAUCUUUACUUGAGUAGUCGGACACAAAAAGACGAUGAUGUACUAGUGAAUGAUGUACCAUACACGGAUAGUGUUCAUAAUAAUAAUCAUUGUAACAAUAAUAAUAAUGAUGAUGCUUCACAUGAUAACAACCACAGUAAUGAAUUUGUGCAAAAUGAAGAUAAUGUAAAGGUAGAGCUGAACGAGAAUGGAGGAAAUUAUAAGGAAAAUUGCAACAGUGCAAAUGAUAAUGGUAAACAAGGUAGCGGUAGUAGUAGCACGUAUUAUCAGAAUGAUAUAAGCAAGAGUGGAAGUAGCCGUGGAAGCAGCCGUGGAAGAAGCAAUGGGAAGAGCAAUGACAAUUAUGAUAGCGAAAAUGCAUAUUGUAACGAAGGUGAUGACCAUGUUAAGGAUAAAGAAGAACAGAAUGGUGUGUUAUGUCGGUUUGAACAUGACAAGGAUACAACAAACGUUACUUUAAUAGAACAGCAAGCAAUUAAAGAGAACUGGUUAGAGGAAAGCAUAAAGGAGGAGGAGUACAUGAAAUGUGGGACCCUUUUAACGAAUGCAUGUUGUGAGGGUACUGUAAGUGGCAAUGUAAGCGGCAGUGUAUGCGCCAAUGGCACUGGUAGUAAACCAAUUUACAUAAGUAAAGAAAAAAAUGUUGAAAGUAAAAACGACCUGACUGGCAAUAAUAGUUCGUUGUGCAGGGAGGAAGAGAAUUACAUGAAUGGUAGUAGUGUUGUCAAUGGAAGCGAAAAUAGCAAUAACAGCAGAAGUGGUAAUGGCAGUUGCAGUAAUAAUAAUAAUAAUGUAGAUGUGGAGACUGAACAACAGAGGUAUUGCGCGAAGGAAAGUAGUAGCAGCUUGAGGGAUGUUAUGACUAAUGGAAUGAACAUUUCAUUAUAUGAUGUAAAUACAAGGCUGUGCCCUGAAGAGAAGAAUGUUAAUGUAGUUAAGGAUAUAGAUAACAAUUCCGAUGAGUAUGUAAUAAUAAACAAAAAUGAAUCUUAUACAUAUAAUAAUAUAGAUAAGGUAAGGUCAGAUAGUAAGGUGUCGACAGCCGUUACAGAUACAUACAACGUGGACAUAGGUAUAGGAUUUCCUACGAACAUCAAUAAUAGAUGUGAAGGAGUGGACAAUAAGAGUGAAAGUGCGGAUAUGAUGAUGGUACCCACAAGUAGUAUCACGACGCAUAAUGAUCAGAGUGAAUUCAAUAUUACUAAUGGUUAUGUUAUUGAUCAUGUGAAUAACAGUAUUAAUGAAGAUUCCAUUGGAUAUGCUAACAGACAUGUUAACGAGUAUACGAAUAAUAUUACCAAUGGAGGUGCUAGUGGAUAUACGAAUGGAUAUACAAACAGUUAUACGAAUAACACCAAUGGAGGAGGAGGUACUAAUGGAAGUACCAAUGGAAGUGUUAGUGUAUAUACUAACGGAUAUGCUCCUCAUGGCAGUGCAAACGCAGGGAACAGCAAUGAGUAUGUCCAAAGCCCAUACAACGAAGAAGAUAGCGAGGAUAAGGAGGAUGAUGUAGACUCACCCCCGACCAUGUGUAGUAUCCUGUAUAGUUUAGUAAAAAUAAGAAAGCAAGUGGAGUUCUUAAGAGCAAGGAAUGAACAGGAUAAAAUAAAAUUAAUGAAAAAAGAAAGUAAAAAAAAAAAAAAAUUUAAAUAUCGUUUUGAAAAAGAUAAAUGUGGUGUAUUUGAUUUUAUCAUGACAUGUGAGUCUGAAUAUGUUGGUUAUAAAAGAUGUAGUGCAGUAGGUUUAGUAUUAGAGAAAGUAGCUUUAGGAUACCAGAAAUUAAUUUACACAAUUGUAUGUUGUGAACAUGAAAAUUGUAUAGGUAAAGUGUUAAUCAUAGUAGAUAUGAAUGAUAGUAGUAUGGUAGAGAUGAAAGCAAGAGGACCUCUAUGUAUUAAUUUUAAUGAUUUAUUUGAUGAAAAAAAGAAAAAUUCUGGAAAUCGAUUUAAAUGGGAUUUCCUAGAUAUCUGUGGUAGUAUACAAGAAGGAAAAGAUCGUGCAACUGCUAUGGGAUACAAAUAUUUAAAUAGUAGUGUUACAGGAAAAAGAUAUGUAAGAAACUUUGUUUGUAUUUUAAAUUUACAUUGUAAUAGUAGAUUAAGGAUAAUUAAAGAUAAUGAAACGGGUAGAGUAUGGUUAGAGUUGUCCGGAGCAAAUCAUCAGGAUCGGUGCCCAUAUAAUCUUCACUCUCCAGACGGAAUAUUUUUUCAUAAGAAAAAAAAUGGAAAAGAAUUGAUAAAUUCUUUAACGAACGAUAAAGUUAUAGGAAAUAGUGUUAUUAGAGGUAUUACCGGUUUAACCAAUAUAAGCGGGAUAGGCGGUGUUAGCGGUAUGAAUAACAUGAACAACGUGAGCAAAGUGAAUGGAAUGAAUGGUAUAAAUGGAAUAAAUGGGAAUUCGUACGGAAAAAUUAACAUGAAUUACCACAGCAUAAGUAGCGCAAUGAGUGGCAGGAGUGGUCCAUAUAGCAUGCACAACAUGAGUAACGUGAAUAAUAUGAAUUACCAUCAUCAUCAGCUAAGAAACAAUAAUACUAUUAGAAAUAUAAACCAUUACAACAGCAUCGCAAGUCUAUACAACAGUAGCAACAACAAUCAUGCAAAUAAUCGUAGUAUUUCUUCUACCAACAGACAUUACAUGCGUAACAUAAUUAGUGGAAACAACCCUUUUUUCUUAAGCACGUAUAAGGGUAAUAUGGAUAAUGAUCAAAAGAUGAAGAGCAUUUCGUAUCUGAACAACUGCGGUAACAGUGGAAGUAACCGUGGAAGUAACGGUGGAAGUAACCGUGGAAGUAACGGUGGAAGUAACGGUGGAAGUAACCGUGGAAGUAACAGCGGAAGCAACAGAAGCAGUAACAGCAGUAGUAACAGUAGUAGUAAAAAUGGUAAGGGCAUUACCGAUAUGUCUACGUUAAGCCUAACUCCGAAAGGACGUGAUAGUUCCAUUAACAAACACCUAUACAUCUUGUCAAAGUUAGCCAGUAGCGCCAGUGGUGCUAGUGAGGCUGCAAAGCAAGCAUUGAGGAGAGUUAUGUGGAAUGAUAAAAAUUCAAAUAUGCGUACCCUAUCGAAUGGUCCAUCUAGUGUUAGUGGCAAUGGUAGUAGUAGAGGUGGUGUAAGGGGUAGUGUUAGAGGUAGUGCCAGAGGCAGCGUAAGCAGUAGUGUUAGUGGUAGUGUUAGUGGCAGUGUGAAUGGCAGUGUGAAUGGCAGUGUUAGUGGCAGUAUGAAUGGUAGUGUGAAUGGUAGUGUGAAUGGCAGUGUGAAUGGCAGUGUGGAUAGUCUGCUACAGAAGGGAAAUAUGAAAAAUAUGUCGAAGCUUAACUCCCUCGUUCGUAAUGCAAAUAAUUUGGAAAAUUCUAUUGUGAAUGAUAAUAAAAAGAAUGUCUUGCGUAAUUUAAUUUUAAAUUCUCAGGAUAAGAACUUUAUUAUAAAUAAUAUAUACAACAAGAACACGAUUAAUAACUCCUCUAACAACUACAUGCCAUCAGGGGGUUCCGUAAAUAGUGCAUCUAGUGAAAGGGGGAAUAAAGGAAAUGGUAACAUUAAUAACAACAAUAAUAAUAAUAGUAAUAGCAAUAAUAGCUCGCUGUGUGGCGGUAAUAAUGAGGAUGGCAAGGAUGAAUACACCGGGGGUAAUCGUGGUAGCGGUACUAGCAGCAGAAUUGACAGUGCAAGAAACCAUACCACUGGAACGAAGAAUAGGUCGAAUAAUAAAAGCAGUCCCAACAACAAGCAGAGAGUUAAUUUACACUCUAGUCUUCAUAAUAGCAGCUUGUUGAACUCACUGAGGAAGAGAAAUAGUAGUUAUAGUAGAAGCAUGAAUAAUGGCAUUGGUAGUACGAAUAACGCAGGCAUAAAUAAAAUUUUAAAAAGUGGAAUCUAUGAUAACAGAAGUGGUAGCAACCCCAUGAAUGUGAAUGGUAAGAGUAGUAACAACAGCUGUUACUCGGUAGAGAGUAGUACCAAACAACAUCUUAGUGUAUCACCAGUUUUAAGUAUGUACACAAAUACAUUAAAUGGUAAUAACAAUAAUGAUAACUGUGUUGGUAGCUGCGUUGAUGGCGUGGAAAAUAGCAAUGAUAUUAGUAAUUUUUUACUUAACUCGAAGCAGAGCCAAAGUAAUUCAAAUAUUCCGAAUGCUUAUAUGCGGAAUAGUACUCAAGCGGCAUACUUUGCGAACGAUAGUAGUAGUAGUAGUAAUAGUGCUGCUAUUAGUACUACUGUAAUUAAUUGUAAAGGUAUUACAGUAAAUAAUUCAAACAAUGAUAUGCUUCCCAAUGCAAUUAAUAACAAUACGUUUACGACCCAUUGGAGUAGUAAUAACAGUAAGAUGGGUGUCGGUGGUACUACUUGUAUGGUGGAUGGGGUAAAUUGCUUAAAUGCCAUGAGCACUUUAAACGACUCUAUUGCAAGCAACAGUUUGUUGUGUAAUACUACUGGUACUAGUACCAGUACUACUACUACUACUACUACUACUACUACAAAUAAUAAUAUCAGUGGAUCUGUUAGUAGUAAAAAUGUGAUUUCCACUGAGUGGCUAAGCGAUUGUACAAAUGUAAAUAACAGCGGAAUAGGUGGUAGUACUUGCUGUAGUGGUAGUGUAAGUGGUAGUGAAUAUAAUAAUAGCAACAUCAUGAGUAACAACUACGGAAUUAGUAAUCAAAUGCGAACACAUUUUUUUGUAUAUCCUGCUUUGAAAGAUGGGAGUAACAGUAGUACUGUUGAAGAAACACAAAUGAUGAAUCGUUCGAAAAAUUUUUUAGAAAUACCAGGUGAAGAAAGAAUAAUAAAUGAAAAUGGAGGAGGGGUAAAAGGACUAUAUGGAAAGAAUUGCUCUGCGGAACAUAGCGACUACAAGGGCAUGAUGAGGACUAUGUACGAAAUGAACAGCGGUAUUGAUAGCGGUAUGAAUGGAGGGGCUUCUGAGGGGGAUAGACAUCAUAACAACUAUACCGACACUACCAGUACACAAUUAGUUGUAUAUGAUGUUAACCAAAUGAAGCAAUAUACAAAUUCGAAAGAGUAUAAUAACCAUCAUGUUGGUAGUAGUACUAGUAGUAGCGGCAGUAAUAAUCCUAAUAGUAAUAAUAAGCCGUAUUUGUAUUAUGGAGAUAGCACAGAUAAUAAUAUAACAAUAAAAGACAGUAAUAAAGACGAAAAAGCUAUGAAGGAAGAAAUGACUGUGCAACAUAUUAAUGAAGACGGUACAGUUGUUUACAAACAAAUGAAUAAUUAUAAAGAGGAAAUUUUUGAAAAUAAUAAUAACUGUGCUGGUACAACUGCAACCUCGAGUACAUAUAUAAAUAUGAUGACAACACAGUGUAAUGGAUUAAACGAAGGAAUUAUACGAGAUAUGCAAUCAAGCGAUAGAAUAAAAACGAUUUACGACGAUUCUAUUUAUAAAAGUAGUAAGAACAGCAUGCUAGGAAAUUUUAUGAACAUAGAUGACGACAGUAAUAGAAGUAAUAUUCACAGCAAUGGAAACGACAUUCAUAACAGUCGUAGAAAUAGCAGCAGUAAUGCAUUAUUUUCAAGUGAAGGCAAAGAAUUCCUAUAUGAAAAGGGUAUUGAGAAGAAAGGAAAAUAUAGUAAAAAUUAUAACGAAAAAGAUGAUGAUGUUAUUGACGUUACGAAUGUUGAACUUACAAAUAAUAUGCAGCAGUCAGGUUAUGAAAACACAGGUUGUUUUCCCCUCAGCGAUACACAGUAUAACGCAGUCCCAUCACAACAAGCGUUAAAAUAUUUAAAAGUAAAUAACGUUGAUAGUUCAGUAGGUGGCGGAGGUGUGGAAAGUAUGAACAACACGCCAAACAACAUGAUAACCGUGAAUGGUAUUUGCAGUGUAAGUGGCAUGAGCAACAUGAACAACAUGAACAACGUAAACAACAUGAACAACAUGAACAACAUGAACAACAUGAACAACAUGAACAACAUGGACAACAUGAACAACAUGAACAACAUGAACAACAUGAACAACAUGGACAACAUGAACAACAUGAACAACAUGAACAACAUGGACAACAUGAACAACAUGGACAACAUGAACAACAUUAUUAAUGUGAACCCAAGUGCACCCUUACAGAUGAAGGAAGAAAACAUCGAGUACAAUAAUAUGAACAGUGUUGUAAGCAACAGCCAUAUCAGAUCUAUCCAAUCGGAUAACGCAGCAAAUCACCAAGGUAUGGUUGACUGUGAAUUGUAUGAAAAUAACACAAAUAUUUCAGCAUCAAGUAGUAUGUGUAAAGCGAGUGUACAGCAAAUGGUUAAUAUUAAUAACCUUAAUAACUGCUCCGCCAUUUUUAACCAUGAGUUAGGAGCUGCAAAACAGAUGUACAAUAACAGUAACAGCAGUUCGCUUGAUCCAUCUGCAUGUAUUUAUAAUUCAUUAAAUUGCUUACAAGGCAGUGCUAAUAAAAAUUCUGAUGAAGUGAACUUCUUCAAUAAUAUGAACAGGACACCGCAAAAUAAUGUUUUGAAUAACAUAAAUGCUAUGAACGGUUCAAAUGGGGGCAAUGGCAUUAACAACAAUAGUAUAACAAAUAGUAUUCCAAGCAGCAUGUCAAACAGUAUUGCAAACAGCGUUAAGCACAGCAAUGACGAUAACGAAAAUAUGUGUGGUGUAAGUUCUGGAUAUAACAGUGUUUCUUUGAUAAAUUAUGAGAAAAACGCAUUUUCAGAAAACCACAUUAAUAACAAUAGUCCUGCAACUAUAACUGCAACAACAACAGCAACAACAACAGCAACAUCCAUCGCAACUGCAGCUGCAAAUAGUAAUGGUAAUUGCAGUAGUAAUAGUAGCAGUCAUAAUAGUAGUCACAAUAAUGUAUUGGACAGUGGAAUCUAUUUUAACAAUGCGCUCAGUACUUACAUGAAUGGUUACCAUAACGUGGAUGGAGGAGGGGUUAAUGAGGACCAACAUAAAAUUAUAACCAUAGGAGAUAAUAAUAAUAAUAAUAAUAAUAAUAGCAGUUCAUUGGAAGAGAUGAAGAACAACAACCCUUUGAACGAUUUUAACUGUUCUUAUGCAAACAACACGUAUCCCAUGCAACAUGACAACAAAACAUUUUUGCUGUCGAAUUAUAAUGCACCGUUGAAUAUUAACGAUAACAGUGUUAUUAGGGGAAAUGUUGUUAAUAGCAGUAUCGAAAAUAAUGAUAUAGUGAUUUGGGGGGCGUAUAAUAAUAUGGGCAGUAACAAUAACAAUAGUAGUAACAGCAGUAACAGUAGUAACAGUAACACUAUUAAUGGUAAUAGUAAUAGUGGUAACUGCUUAGGAAAUUAUUCGAGUUUAGCAGACAUAAAUAUGAAAAAUUGCCUGAACAAUAAUAAUGCAUAUAAUUUACAAAUACAAAACGUUAAUGUAGACAAUACAGUUUCAUCACAAUCGGGAGUUUUAAAUAGUUACCAUAAUUUUAAUGAAAGCGUAAAUAACAUUAACAUGAAUACAAAUAAUGGCAGUAUUAGUAGUGGUGUAAUGUACAAUUAUGAUAUGAAUAAUAAUAAUUAUAAGAAUAAUAUGACUUGUUCAUAUAAUAAUAGGGAUAUUACUGGUAUUAACAAUAAUUAUUAUUACAUGAAUAGUAAUAAUAACUAUGAGGGCAACAACUAUUCAGUUAAUUCAAAUAAUGGAAACCUCUUAUAUGAUAUGAAUAACCGGAACUUGGGCACCUUAAACAGUCAAAAUGAUUUUUAUAACCAAAAUUAUUAA